UAAAGGCACACGGAGUUUAAUAAUGGCUCUUCUGCGCGGCGUUGGGCUCCUGGCUCUGCUGGUGUCGGUCCAGAGUCUGAGCCGGGAGCAGCUCUUCGAUUACGGGAUUCGGUUCGGCGACCGGAUUCUGGAUUCCGGAGCCGAUUCGGUUCAAGAGCUCGAGCUGGAUCAAACGCUCUUCUUCUUCAAAAGAAAGUUCGAGAAAGUUUACGUCAGCACCAAUGGCUUCGUGUCUCUGGCCAGACCCACCGAUGAGUCUGAGUACCUGGGAAAGAUGCCGGCCAGUUUUGGUAUGAUUGCAGCCUUCCUGGGUAAUCUGGACACCACGGAUGGGGCUGGUUACGUCUAUUUCCGUCAGGAUAAAAGCCCCGAUGUGCUCCGGAGAGCCGCUGAGCACAUUCACCAAGCGUUUCCUUCCGAUGACGAGAUCGAACCCGCUCACGCCAUCAUCAUCACCUGGGAAAACAUGGCUCCUCAGUCUGAACGAGGAAGAGGAGAUGGAGAUGAAUAUGAAUAUACGAGAAACACUUUCCAGCUGGUUGUAGCGAGCACGGAGUUGGCGUCGUACGCCGUCCUGCUGUAUCCAGAGGAGAGCAUGCAGUUCGGCUCCACGCUCGUUAAUGAUGAGGAUCAGCUGGUUGAAGUGGGCUUCAAUGAAGGGAUGGUGACAGGCUGGUUCAGCUGGACUUCUGCUCAAGGAGCUUACUACCGCAUCACUCAAGACAGCGAGGAGUCCAUAAGCGCUCUCGCACAGGAGACGAACUCGGGCCUGCCUGGCGUCUGGGUCUAUGUGAUCGGUAGUUUUCCGUCAUUCACCUCCAUCAAACCUGGAGAGGUCACAGAGGUCAGAGAGGUCACCGAGGUCACGACGGAGCAGACCAUGGUGGACACCCCGGCCCCUGAGCCACGUGCCGUGGACUCGACAGACCCCGAACCUCCGACCGAAACCAGCAGCCCAGAGCCGUUCGCGGAGUCCUCGACGCCGGACGAGCCUCAGUAUCGUUACGUUCAGCCGCGACCGAAGACGCCUCAACAACAACCGCAGAUUCCCCAGGUGCUGAUCAUCGACGAGGACGAGCUGAACGUCGACGUGUUUUCUUAUAACUACGAGACGUGCUCCAGUAACAAGCACAAGUGCUCGGUGUUCGCCGACUGCAGAGAUUACGCUGCUGGAUACUGCUGUCGCUGCAAACCCGGUUACUAUGGCAACGGCAAGGAUUGCGUCGCCGAAGGCAAGCCUCAGAGGAUGAACGGGAAGGUCAACGGCAGGGUUUUUGUGGGUGAUUCUCCGUCUCCUGUGGAGUUUUCUAACAAUGACCUGCACUCGUAUGUGGUGACUAACGACGGCCGGGCGUACAUCGCCAUCAGCAGCAUCCCGGUCAGCCUCGGGCCGUCUCUGCAGCCGCUGCCCGCUCUGGGAGAGACCAUCGGCUGGGCCUUCGCUCUGGAGCAGCCCGGCUUCCAGAACGGCUUCAGCAUCAUCGGAGGAGUUUUCACGCGGCGGGCCGAGGUGGUCUUCCAGCCCGGGAACGAGCGGCUGACCGUCAGGCAGGAGUUCAGGGGCAUCGACGAACACGACCACCUGCUGAUCAGCACCGAGCUGGACGGCAGGAUCCCAGAGGUGCCUCGAGGAGCCACGGUCCAGAUCCAGCCCUACACUGAGAUCUACCAGUACUCCAGCAACCUGAUCACGUCGUCGUCACGCAGGGAGUACACGGUCAGCGCGCCGGACGGCAGCGUUCGCUCGCACAGCUACGUCUGGACGCAGAGCGUGGAGUUCCAGAGCUGUCCUCACGAGGAGCUCCCGAGCGCCGUCCCCAGCCAGCAGCUCAGCGUCGACCAGAUCUUCGUCAUGUUCGACUCCGGCAACCAGCUGAUCCGCUUCGCCAUGAGCAACAAGAUCGGCUCCGUCCACAGCGGGACCCCGGAGCAGAACCCCUGCUUCACCGGCAGACACGGAUGUGACACGAACGCCGCCUGCCGCCCCGCUCAGGGGAAAGACUUCAGCUGCGAGUGCGCCGCUGGGUUCACCGGAGACGGGCGGCUCUGUUACGAUGUUGAUGAGUGUUCAGAAAGCCCCGGGAUCUGUGGACCGUACAGCAUCUGUAAUAACCAGCCCGGAUCUUUCCGCUGCGAGUGUCUGGACGGCUUUCAGUUCGGCGGCGACGGACGGACGUGUGUCGAGACGGAGCGUCGCGUGGAUCACUGUCGGAGAGGGACGCACGACUGCGACGCUCCCGAACGAGCUCGAUGCAGCUACACCGGAGACUCGUCGUAUGUCUGCUCGUGUCUGCCGGGCUUCUCCGGAGACGGACGGGAGUGUCGGGAUAUCGACGAGUGCCAGCCGGGCCGUUGCCAUAGCGACGCCAUCUGCUACAACACGCAGGGCUCCUUCACCUGUCGCUGCCGACCUGGUUUCCACGGCGAUGGCUUCAGCUGCACACCUGGAUCAGCAGAAGGAGAGCAGACGGAGUGUGAGCGUCACCGGGCAGCGGCGCAGUCCCCCUCCUCUUCCUCGGGAGGAUUCUUCUUCUUCCGUCCUCGUCCGGCGGUCGGUCAGUACGUGCCCAGCUGCGACGCGUACGGCGCUUACGAACCCCUGCAGUGUCACGCCAGCAUCGGUCAGUGCUGGUGCGUGGACUCGGCCGGACUCGAGGUCCCCGGAUCCAGAACCGGACCGGGCGGCGCCGCACCCAUGUGUAUUGAUCACAGUGUGGCUCCGCCCCUCAUUGGCCCCACCCCCAGGCCUGACAUCAGUCCUCUGACCCCUGGAGCGAACCUCUUAUUCGCUCAAAGCGGUAAGAUCGAUCACAUCCCGCUCGACGGCAACCGGAUGAUCAAAAACGAGUCUAGGACCGUUCUGCACGUCCCUGGUAAGGUGGUGAUCGCCGUGGCGUUCGACUGCGUGGAGCAGAUGAUCUUCUGGUCAGAUAUCACUCAGCCGUCCAUCAGCAGAGCCGAGCUUCAGGGAGGAGAGACCUCGCUGCUCAUCACUAAAGAUCUGGGGAGCCCUGAAGGAAUCGCCAUCGAUCACCUGUCCAGAAACAUGUACUGGACCGACUCCAUUCUGGACCGCAUCGAGGUGUCUCGACUGGACGGCGCUCAGCGGCGCGUGCUCUUCGACAGUGACCUCAUCAACCCGCGCCCGAUCAUCGCUGACCCCGCCCACGGAUAUCUGUACUGGUCCGACUGGAACCGAGACGGGCCUAAGAUCGAGCGCUCGGCUCUGGACGGCAGCGACAGGACCGUGCUGGUUCAGGACGGGCUGGGGCUGCCCAACGCCCUGACCUUUGACCCCCAGAGCAGGCAGCUGUGCUGGGCCGACGCAGGGACUCGUAAGGUGGAGUGUGUGGACCCGUUCUCUCGUCUCCGGAGGAAACUAGCCGAAGGCAUUCAGUAUCCGUUCGCCAUCGUGUCUCACGGCAGGAACCUCUACUACACCGACUGGAGGAGGGAGGCGGUGGUUGCUAUGGACCGUCAUGAUGGGAUGGAGGUGGAGGAGUUCCUUCCCCAGAGACGCUCUCGGACAUACGGCAUCGCUCUGACCUACCCACGAUGCCCUGCAGGACUGAACGACUGCUCUCGUGGAAACGGAGGCUGCUCUCACCUCUGUCUGCCUCGUCCCGGAGGAUUCUCCUGCCGCUGUCCUGACGUUAAAGACGCGUCGUGCGUCGAGCCGGACCACAACUUCUGAGUUCCUCUCCGCUCGGAUGGAGAUGAUCAAAUACAGUAGGGAUGCACCCCGUAGAUUCGUAACGGUCUGGUACCAGACGCAGGAUAUAUCAGGGAUUCGGUCCAGCGGUCUGGAAGCUCGUUUCCACCACGGAAUAAAAGAGAUAGAAAGAAAGCUGAUUGCGACUUUCUCGCAGUUUACAUUUCACCGUUCUGGCUUUUAUUUAUCGCAUUGUUUCGACUUUUUUAUGCAACUACGAAAGUUUUACGCAAUUCUGGACUUCGAGUUUACUUUUCGCGAUAGCUUUUACAUUUUUAUUUUUCAUCAUUUCGACUUUUUUAUUGGCGCUCUAAGUUUACUUUUCGCAAUUCUGACUUUUCGAUCCUAAUUCUGGGUCUACCUUUCGUAAUUCUGAAUUUUUUCGGGAAUUCGGAGUUUACUUUUUUGCAAUUUUUUUUUUUUUAUUCUGCGAUUAAUUUUCAAAUUCUUUUAAUCGGAAUUUGGAGUUUACUUUUUUGCUUUCUUUUUUUGUUUUUAUUCAGGCGAUUAAUUUUCACAAUUCUUUUUUAUUGGAAUUCUUUUGCCAUUCUGACUUUGUUUCGCAAUUAUUUUUUUAAAAUCAGAAUUCAGUUAUUUUCUUCAUUUUUCCGUUUUUUCACAAUUCUCGUUUUUUUAUCGAUUUUUAAAAAUAUUAUUUUAUAAUAUAAUAUUAUUAUUAUAUUAAUUAUUGGAAUCCUGGGUUUACUUUUUUGCUAAUUAUAUCUUUUUUUCUACUGAAUUCGAAAAUUAUUUUUCACAGUUCUGAGUUUUCUUUUACAAUUCAGACUUCACUAAAAUACUUUUUAACAUUUUUUCAUGGGAUUUCGCAGCUUAACUUCAGCCGUUUUGACAUUUUUAGCACACUUUUUGUGUUCAUGUCCAAAUCUGGCUUUGUUUGUUUCCUCCAUCGACUAAAAACCUCAAAAUGGUAAGCGUGACGUUUUAGCUCAAUUUUUACUUUGUUUUGUGAGUUUAUAUUAACUUUUAAUUGCGUUUUUAUUCCAUCAAGCUUCGAUUAUUUUCUACUACAAAAUAAAAAAAUAUUAAAAAGGCGACCGACUUUUUAUCUCAGUAUUCUGACACAAUUGUGAAUUUAUAUCUUAUAAUUUCUUUGCGAUUCUUAGAAAUAUUAAUAUUUCAGAACUGUGAAAUACUUAAAAAAUCAUAGUAACUUUUUGUUUUUAAUCUACAGUAUAUGGCAGAAACAAGCUUCAUAUUUUCUACUGAACCUUUAUUUUUUUUGACGUAUUAUUUAAUUUUUUUAAAGCAGGUACAAUAUGAAAUAUGCAUAAAAUCAGCAAUCGUAUUAAUAAUUAUUAAUUAAAAAAACAUUUACGUAUUAGCGUUUAUCCAGCAUAACAUUGUGAACUUUAUUUAUAUAAUGUUUAUAUAAAAUGACCGUCCGAUGAAACCGUAUUUAAACACAAGUACACUUUAAUAAAGCUGAUUUUUAAUGUCUGUAUUGGUGCAUCCCUACUAAAAUCACUUGAAACCAUUAAUAGGAAUCCAUCUGGACAGUUUAGCCCAUAGUUAGAUAUAAUAAAUGAAUAUAAUUUUUAUUGUUAGCUUCUGGGAUACAUUUAUACUACGUGUGAGGGGAGGGUUGCAUUCUGGGAAGGAUAUUAUUUGCAAUCGUUCCGGUCAAAUGUUACUUACAGUUAUAUGUUAAUCUGAUUUUUUAAAGGCCAAACAAAGCUUUUCAUUGGGUUUAUGUUACGCUUAUGUGACGAGAGCCUCUUAUGGGAAACCGCACCGUUUGUUGACACACUGCAUGAUGGGAAGGAGGGCCCCUGUGGAAACAGCUGGACCGAGGAAGGACUAGAGAGACUGGGUUUUGUACAGCUGUUCAAUUAAAACACUUUUUUUUUU